AUGAGCGAUGAUGCGUUAUUCGCUUGGGAUUGCGAAACGUAUUCAGAAAAAGACACGCGAAGAGCAAUUCCUUAUGCCUGCACUUUAAUUGAUUUAGAAAAACUAAGAAAAAAGUUAGAAACGAUAAAAAAUAUCUUUCCAAAUAUAAAUCCUACUGAUAAUGUUCCAGAAGAAUUUUAUGAUAAACUAAUGAAUGUAGUAGAACUAUUUGUAGGUACAGAUUGUAUAGAUCAAAUGUUGAAAUAUUUAGGUCAAUAUGAUAGAAAGAGAUUAAUAUUAAUUUCUCACAACGGCAGUGGAUUCGACAACUGGAUCGUGCUUAAAAAUGCAAAAAAACAAACGCAUUGCCCUUUAAAAACACCCCGAGGAAUUCUAUCUUUUCCUUUAUCUAAUCCAUACACGGAUGAAGAUUUACAGAAAAAAUGGAAAAGACAGAAAGAAAUAAAGGGUAAUUAUUUACAACAUAUUAAUUUCACGUGUUCCUACCAACACGAAUCCUCUAGUCUGGCUGCAUGGGGAAAUUCUUCCAAUCUUCCCGCGAAUUUGAGAAAGAUUGCCGACGUAGAUAUCGCUAAAUACACGCAAGACAACUGGGAGGAAUUGAGACACGAAUGGGAACCUUACGCCAAAAGAGACACUCUCUGUUUGGGAGCUUGUUUGAUAAAAUACAACCAAGUAACGAAAGAAGUUGUAAACCAGAAUAUGUCCAAUAAUCUAACGGCUCCAUCUUUAUCUUUAAAGGGUUGGUAUUAUUUAUAUCAUUACGAUAAAGAAAUGGUGGAAGAAGAAUGGUAUGAAACUACUAGAAUGGUUGCGAAACAUACCGAAAAAGAAAACGUAGAAAAAGUUUAUUCGCACACUAAUCCUUUUAUAAGAAAUUUUAUCAGACGAUCUAUUAAAGGAGGAAGAGUUUCGGCAAAUAGAAAAUCAUUUGAAACGAACAAAAUGGAUGAAAUUUGUAACGUAUUAAAGGAAUAUACAGAACUUGAAAGUAAUAACAUAAUUGAUUUAUUCAAAGAAUACAGCGCAAGCACAAAAGACAAAACAGAGGUUCAUUCGAGACUUAAAAAAAUAGAAUGUACUAAACUAAUGGCAUUUGAUGCUAACGGUUUAUACGCUUCCGCCAUGUCGGAUUUAGACAGUGAAUAUCCGAGAGCGGAAAGUGGAAGACCGUUUCUACCAGAAGAAGAAGAAGGAUUUGUAAAACUCUUCAAUAAACAAAAAUUCAGACCUAGAACAGCUAUUUUCACAGUGUGGUUUGACUAUCCCAAAAACAUGUUCUUCCAACUGAUACCAGCUAAAGAUAAAAUCACUUUCACGAAUAAAGAAGGUAAAAAGGAAACUGGUAACAAAAUCAGGUUUAGAAAUGGUUUCUGUCACGACGUUUUAACAUCGGUCGAUAUUCAAGAAAUAGUGAAAGCCGGUGGACGAAUUAUUAGAAUAUUAGAUGGUAUAGUUUACGAAGAAAAUUUUAAAACUCCACCCUAUAGAGAUUAUAUUUUAAUUUUGAGAGAUCUAAGAAAUAACUAUAAACGAGAAGGUAAUAUCGUGGGUAGUAACUGCAUGAAAUUAUUAGGUAAUUCCUUGUAUGGUAAAUCAAUUCAGAAAGAUAUAUUCACAACUAGACAUUUAUGGAAUGAAGCAACUUUACAGGCCAACUUUGAUUCACGCGUUACAACCUAUGAGAAAAUUAAUGAUACUCAAUAUAUUGUUGAAACAGAAAUUGAAGAAAAAGAGAUUACUACCGAAGACAGUAAAUCUACACGACUAACACCUAGUCAUUUGGGAUCAUUCGUUUUAUCUCACAAGCUGGUUUGGUCUCCGAAAAAGACUAUUGCAAAGGUUAAAAACGAUUACGGUGACGGUGGAAUUAUAUUUGGUUUAUAUUUAGCACCAAAAGUCAAAUACAACAUCGUUUUGACUUCUGAUGGUGUUUUAAAAGAAAAGAAAACGUUCAAAGGUUAUUCUAAUGAUAAGAUAAGUGUAGAAGAUUACGAUCAGUUAGCAAGCGGACAUGAUGUGUCGAACGAAUUUAAUAAACCAUGGGAAAAAAGUUUCAUCAAUGGAGUAGUUAUUCCAAAUGAUAAACAAACUAAAGUUUUUAGAAGUUAUUUGAAUAAUGUUAAAAGAAAACCACCAAACAGUGAAGGAAUCAUGUAUCCUUACAAUGACAAAGAUGAGUAUAGUUUUGACGAAAACUAUGAAUUUGAUGAUUUCGAUUAUCUUAAUAUUCAAGAAGAGAAUGAAGAUUGUUUUAAAUGA